AUGAGACUGACCAAUGCUGUUAGUCAUUCUUGGACACUUCUGCUAGCAUUUCCCCAUCUGCUUAGUGUCAUCAGAUCGAAGGAGGCAGUCGCGUUCGUUAACCACAUCAUUGUCACCCUGAAUCCCCAAGAAUCACAUUCACUUGAACACUUCAAAAUACACCUGAAAGAACUCGAUAUAUCAUGUACAAUCCUUCAAGAUUACACGAAAAUUCUGCCUGACGUGCUCUACGGUGUUUCGAUGAGGGUGAAAAGUCCAGCCGAUAUCGCAAAGCUCGAAGCCUCGUACCAUGUAGUGAAUGUGCAUAAAGUCAAAAAAAUACUAGCCGCUAGACCGACUGAGCGCAGAACCUUACCAUCAACGCUCAACUUAACUUCGCAAGCAUAUCCUCCUCAUAUGCAGACUGGUGUCACAAGGCUACAUGAGCUGGGCCACCUCGGGGCUGGUGUGAAGAUUGCAAUUUUGGACUCUGUUGUGGAUUGCCAUCAUCCAGCUCUGGGCGGUGGGUUUGGACCAGGCUUCAAGAUAGCUUUUGGGCAUGACUUUGUUGGCGACAAAUAUGAUGGCACAAAUGAACCUAAAGCGGAUGAUAAUCCUUGCGGAGCGUGUAGUGCUCACGGCACUCACGUGACGGGAAUAAUCGGUGCUUCGAACGUGGGUCAAGGCUUCAGUGGAGUGGCACCACAUGCGACUCUGGGAGUGUAUCGUGUAUUUGGAUGUAAUGACCAGUCUGCCACGGGCGAUGACAUAGUUGUGGCUGCACUUUUGCGAGCUCAGAAAGAUGGAGCCAACGUCAUAUCUGCUUCUAUCGCAGGCUCAGGAGGCUGGAGUCGAGGUUCCAUACUUGAGGACACAGUCAACAACUUGGUCGAGAAGAAAGGCGCCACGAUCAUCUUUGCUGCUGGCAACAGUGGAGAAGAGGGUUUAUUUUUCGGCCCUAGCCCGGGAGAUGCAAAGCACGCCAUUUCAACAGGAUCGGUUGAGUCAACUGGAAUCAUCUCCGCGACCUUGAUGACCUCCACUGGCCGCGAGCUGCCCUAUUACACCGCGGAACCCUUUUCGGAUUUUUCAGGCAAGUUCCCGGUGUAUCGCACAGGAAACUCUACGGACAUCAUGACGGAUGCAUGUGAACCGCUUCCGUCGACCACGCCAAACCUGACAAAUUACGUUGUACUCAUCCGUAGAGGGUUAACAAUGCAAAGGCAAAAGGUGCCAAUAAGAUACUGUUUUAUUCUGUUGGUCAAACGGUUUCUCUCGUGUCAAAAUUCAAACUCUGAAAGAACAUACGGCGAAUACAUUUUCCAACAAUCCAAGAAGGAUCCCACUGGAUUCACAGUGCGAUUUCCAACCGAUCAAGUGAAAUUUUUACCUGGUCCGGGAGGUGGCUUCAUGAGCAAUUUCUCGGCUUAUGGUCCCAACUUUGAUCUUGUGAACCUACACCCCGAUGUCUCGGGGGUAGGAGGCCAAGUCGUCUCGACUUUCCCGAGGAUCAACGGAUCAUAUUCUUCGGAUAGCGGCACAUCCAUGGCGGCACCACAGCUCGCCGGCAUUGCAGCUUUGGUUCAAGCUGCGCGAGGGAAAGAGGUACACGGUAGUGCAAUGCGGCGAAGAUUAGUUUCGACGGCACAACCUGUCCCAAAUUUUUCGAAUACCUCCAGCCUUCAAACCGUCGUCCAGCAAGGAGGUGGAUUGGUUAAUGCUUAUUGUGCAGUACUGUCGAAUACGUCGGUAUCGGCUUCUGUCAUCACCUUCAAUGAUACCCCACGCUUCAACGGCACCCAGACCUUUAGAGUCACUAACCACGGACCCAUCCCUGUACAUUAUGUGCUUUCUCACCACCCCGCCUCGACCGCGUAUACAUUUGCCCAUGCUUGCUUCCCAUCUAUUCUGGCUACAUCCAACUGUAUGAAGAAAGCAAAUCAGGAAUGUGAAAGUCAUAACAUACCUUACUAUGGCGUGGUGGGAUCCAUAAGCCAUCAAAAAAUCAUUGAUCACGGACCUGCGCUUAACACUACUCAUAAAUACCACCUACCACACCUUCAGUUUCCGGCUAAAGAUAAGAAGAAGACUAAAAUUGAAAAAAGUGGUGUGAUUCUGUGGAACAAAACCCAACAUGAGGAAUUACAAAUCCAACAUCGAGCAAACUUUGGAAGCCCUAACAUCCGGCUUUACGUUGUUAAACACGUGGAACAUCACACACAAGCCCAUCAGACUAAAAAGUCACAUUCGAAAAAGGUGUCAACUAAGUCUAUCAAAAACAAGGAGAAAAAGAAACAAGACAGAAAGCCGAAACAUCCAUCGCACGAGCACAAAACAUCACCCCACAAAAAGGCAAAAUUCGCGAAAAAAUGUUCCAUGGGCAAGAAAAAGUAUCCACACAAGUCUUGCCACGGUGUUUUAAUAUUGGGUGAAGUCCCUGGGGUCGAAUGCACCGCAUGUUAUCGCUCGUCUGUCAAACGUACGUGGUUAGAUACGUGGAACGGCACCAUAUCUUUGGGAAAAGGCAAGCCACUGAAGCAUGUACCUCACGGGGAAUACAGGAUCUUGAUAGAAGCGUUACAUUCAAACUCUGACCCGAAAGACCCAGAGAGCUACGAUUCCUGGUAUUCUCCUGUGAUAGUAAUUCACACAUGA